AUAAAAUAGAAAAUAAAAAGAUGCAGGAUUCCACCAAAACACGAAGUCUCUGCUGUGGGAGCCUCACUACUUAGCAGCUUGCCUCUCCUCCCUCCAACCCUCCCCCGACGAAAGGAGAGUACAUUACCCUGUAAGAAUAAUUUGAAGUAAAAAGUAUUUAAAUGUAAAUGCAGCGUGAGUUUUUAUUCAGCUAGAAGAAUCCAGCUGUUUUUCUUUCCAGCCGUAUUAAUUAGGAGACACUGGUGGGGGAUCCUGGGGUUUCCCGGUGGAUUUGGGGUUUGAGAUGUUUUGCACGGAGCCGGGCUCUCAGAAGGAGCGGCCCUUCUGCGCAUCGGGUGAGCAGGAUGGGCCUCGUUUUCCUGGGUUCUCUCUGCUGUUGCCUGUUCACACAGCUCGUCGUGCAUGUGGGCAUGGACACCGCCGCCAAGGCGAUCAUUCUGGAACAGUCUGGCAAGAACCAAGGCUACCGGGACGCCGACAUCCGGGGCUUCCGGCCGGAGGGCGGCGUGUGCCUACCUGGCGGCCCAGACGUGCUGGAGUCAGGGGUCUGCAUGAAGGCAGUCUGCAAGCGCGUAGCUGUGGAGGGUGUCGAGGUGAUCUUUUCCCGAGAUGCAGGCAGAUACGUCUGUGAUUAUACCUAUUAUCUCUCUCUGCAUCAUGGAAAGGGCUGCGCGGCACUCAUUCAUGUCCCUCCACUAUCGCGCGGGCUCCCGGCCAGCCUGCUGGGAAGAGUCUUGCAAGUCAUCAUCCAGGAAAUGCUGGAAGAGGUGGGAAAGCCCAAGCACAAAGCCCCGUUCGAAGAAAACUCAACCAUGGCCCUUCCAGCCAAAGGGAACUGACCGGGGGAUUGCUCCUUUAGAGAAAAUUAAAUGUUUCAAUCCUAUGUGUAGCAUUCAACUGUGCAUUGAGAAACUUUUUCAGAAAUUGCUUGUAAGACAAAGAGGGUGGAAAACUGAAUUAGCCCAACAAAAUCGCAUAGGGUUAUUUUAUUGUCAGGAGAAAGAACACUCUGAAAGGUGGACAUUUCACAGGGGAUGAACUAGCUUCAGUUAGGGUUUUCGUGACAAUAAAAUGAAAUCCGAGUCAUCGAUUUUCUUCCAAAAAUCUACACAGUGGGUCUGCAUAAUCCUGCCCGAACUGUGGGGACCAUAGACCUGUUUUGGAGAGGCUUACAGAAGCACAGAGACAGCCACUGCUCCAGGGGCCCCAUUCCUGGCCUUUGAGCUUGUGUGUCCAGGUCCUGGGUAGCCUCGAAGGCACUGAGGCUCCACUGUGUGAUUUCUGUGUCUCUGUGUUUGCCCCUUUUACUACUUACUCAUUUUAAUAAUUUUCGAGCUUACAGUUCAGUAGUAUACAGUACGUUUACUUGUUGUACAGCCGUCAUGACCAUCCAUCUCCAGAACUUUCUCCUCAUCCCAAACUGAAACUCUGUACCUGUUAACUCCCUAUUCCUUCUUCCUCCCAGCCCUUGGUGCCCACCAUUCCACCCUCCAUCCCUAUGAAUCUGACUCUAGGUAGCUCAUAUGAGGGAGACAUGCAGCACUGGUCCUUUUGCAUCUGGCUUAUUUCAGCCUC